AUGCUCGAUGAUGUUCAGGUUUGGAGGCUUGAUUCCGAGAACCCUGAAUAUCGUUUGCCUGCGCAUUUGGAGGAAGUGAACUGCCUUGAUUUUAUCAGACGCGGAGAUCAACACUAUUUGGUCAGUGGCUCUACGGAUUGCACUGCCAAGAUCUGGGACUUGCAGAAAAGGGAGUGCAUCUGUACGCUGCAAGCUAUGUCUCCAGUUCUUUGUGUCCUUGCCCAUCCAAACCUUCCGGUUCUACUUACAGGAACAAAACAUGGAUUCAUCCAUGUGUGGAGCUCCACCAAUUUCAGACUCGAGAGAACCAUUAACUUAGGCGAUGGUGGAGCUGUUGUCACACUCUCAUGUUUGUUCGGCUCACGAAGGAUUGUGAUUGGGCAAAAGAACGCAAUGUCUACCAUGGAAAUCCCUGACGAAGAAAAGAUGCGAUCAGAGAGGGCGGCUCAAGUGGAGCGUCAAGCCAAAGCUAAAGCGGUGCGUAAUCGAGCCAAAGUUGAAGCGGAGCGUCAAGCCGAAGCCGAAGCGGAGCGUAAUCGAGCCAAAGUUGAAGCGGAGCGCAUAGCAGAGUACUACGCAGACUCUAAAUCCAGCAGACUACCAUGGUUUUCUCUCUUUGAGAAUCACCCGGAUGGGAGUGUGUAACAUCCCCAGUAUACUACUACAGUGAUCUCCCCCUAAUGGU